UCAGCGGGUGGUAAGAUUCCUCUGGGGCUGAAACGCAAGGGCCUCCGGAUCGUGGUGACGGGUGGGGCCGGGUUCGUCGGGUCGCACCUCGUGGACCGUCUGAUCGCGAGAGGGGACAACGUGAUCGUCGUCGACAACUUCUUCACCGGUCGGAAAGAGAACGUGAUGCACCAUUUCGGCAACCCGAAUUUCGAACUCAUCCGCCAUGAUGUUGUGGAGCCGCUCCUUCUAGAGGUUGAUCAGAUCUACCACUUGGCGUGUCCUGCUUCUCCCGUCCACUACAAGUUCAAUCCCGUCAAGACCAUCAAGACGAAUGUGGUAGGAACGCUGAACAUGCUGGGUCUGGCGAAGAGGGUCGGAGCCAGAUUUCUUCUGACG